GAGAGCAAAGCUGAAUGAAAAAGCAGCCAGGGGCUGGGUAGAAUGAACGAAAGAAGCAGGAAGUCCUGCAGCAUUGCACAUGACUGUCAGCUGGUUGGAGUCACGUGAUCCGAGUUUCACGGAGACCUAAACUAAAAUGGCAGGAAAGAAGUUAUGGGGUGGAGGGCGACUAUUCGCUUUUAUUUUCUUUAUCCUCUCCCGUUUACCUUCGGGGGCAGCCACUCCACAAGUGCCAUUUCUUAUGUGGUCCAGCGAAGGUUUACUGGAUGGGACCUCACACACAGCUGGCCACAUAACAUCCAAUGAGGAGCUGAAGGCCUACCUCACCUCGGUCUUUGACUCUGGCUCCCACACUGUGCUCAUGUUUCUGCAGGACAAGUUAAGCAAAGAUGACUUCACAGUUUUUGGUGGAGUGUUUGGAAACAAGCAGGAAAGUGCCUUUAAAAAACUAGAGGCUGCACUUCAGUCCUCUUCUUCAGUCGUGACCCUUCCAGCCUUGGAGUGGGCGGGCCUGUCCGGUGCCCCCACUCUGCUUCAGGAUGUGCUUGGUGUUCCCCCUCUGCUUGUCGAUGUGGAUACUCUGUCACACCUGAGCAUCAACAAAUCUGCCAACAAUCUUCUGCUCAUCAAUCUACCCUACUGUCACAAUACACACAGGUUAUGCAAGGAAGUCCUACAUGACAAUGAUGAAGUAAUUGGGAACAUUCUAAGUUUCCUGAGAGCAAAAAAUCUUCCAUACACUGCCAUAUACACCGGACUCGAGCCUUCAAGAGUAAUUUCAGAAUCGUCGGUGUCAAACCAACAAGGGGGCAGGUCUUUACUACAAGCAGUUGACCCUGACAUAAAGCCACCCAUCAUGUUUAAUCAGUCAGGCAAUCCUUGCAUAAUGCUUUGGGCUCAAAAUCUCAAUGUCAGCCUCACAAGCACCUCAGAAUGGGUCGACCUUGCACAAGAUACCCCAACAUUGACAGGAUCCAUGUGUAACAACAGUAACGCAGUGCUUGUCCUCAAUUAUGCAUCGGGUUACAUUCUAAGUUUUACAAUGACUCAACGGUUCUAUCCAGUGUCCGCACGAAACUGGUUCACUCUGGACUCUGUGCAGCUACAGGUGAACAGUUUAACAGCUUCUUUUACGGGAAGAAGGGGUAUUUACGCCCCUGUAGAGUAUUCCUUCCACUGCCAGUCCGUCAACAACUUCAGAGAUGCCCUGCUCGUGCCAAACGGCUCAAAUCAAACCUCCUCCCAGCUGAGGCUUAAUUUCAUUGACUUCCAGAUCCAGGGCUUUGGUUUGGCCAAUGGAACAAACUUUUCCUAUGCCAGUGACUGCGCGGGCUUCUUUACUCCAGGGAUUUGGAUGGGGCUGCUCACCGCACUGCUGAUGCUCCUCAUUUUUGUGUAUGGUCUGCACAUGAUCAUGCAGCUUAACACUAUGGAUCGAUUUGAUGACCCCAAAGGUCCAUCAAUUUCAGUGCCUCAGUCGGAAUGAAGUGUUUCUAAUACACAAACAUACACACUCUGGUAUGCCUAAGUGCCCCCCUAGUAAGUUGCCUUUAUACACGUGGACCUUUUUGAAUCUUCUUAGAUUCUCUUCUGUCAUUGUCUCUGCUCACUCUCUCCUGGAUUUCGAGUGCCUAUAUCUCCCAUUCCACAUUCCACUUCUUCUCUCCCUACAUGUGCCAAAAUUGAUGCAACUUUUACAAUUUCAUUUUGAGUGUACACGCUUAAAAAUGUGCCAUCUACUGUUUUUAUUUCCCAUUAAAUAAUUUGCCCUCGACCAAAGAAUGCUUCUUUGUUAAAAUUUGUGUGACUGCUCAAUGCUGUUGGAUCAUCACAGAACUAAUUUCUGUAUUUUGGUUUUCUCCCAACUAAAAUAGGAUUACUUGUAUUGAAAUAAGUGUCUGUAUAUAGUAUGCCACUUAUGACGUGCUCUGAAGUAAUGCUGUUCUGGAACUGCCCCCCCAACAGAAAUACAAUCCAUCCCACUGUUUUAAGUUGCGUGUUUACUUAUCGGAGUUUAAUCAUACAAGUUAACUGCGAUAAAAUGUUGUCUUGACAAGUAAUUUAUUUAUAUGAUGUACUUUCUCCCCUGAACGUGCCUGUAAAGUUUACCCUUAGGGAAAGGGUCAUGAGCUGAUUUAAUCACUGUGCCUAAGUUUUGUCCAUGAUAUUAAUGUUCAGCUGCCAUGAUGAGUUUGUCUUAACUUGUAAAUGAAGAGAUCUAUACAUUUAUUGAAGGAGAUCAAUUUUUUAUGGUCUGCUAUUUGGAUUAAAAUGUUGUAUUGUGGGGUAUUUUGUUGACUGUUUUAUUGAUUAAACAAUAUCAAACUGUCUAAAUACAAGUCCGUUUUAUUGCAAUAUUGAAAGCUACCCAAAGGGAAUGUUCAUUAACU